CGGUAUGGUGUCGUCAAGUAAGCUGCUGUUCGAUCGUGUUGCGGCCGGCCGGACCUGCCGCGACCUUUGGCAUCCACAGUUCGCCAGCUGCCUCCGGUACAAUGUGCACUUCUGGCGCACUAUACUACCCGGCAGCUUCAAGCUCUACAUACCUCUGCUGGUGCUACCGCCGUUGGUGAAGCUAAACGAUGUUACGGUACGGUAUCUGGUGGAGCACACGCUACAGUACGUGUACAUAUCUCUCUGCACCUACGUACAGGCGGCUCUAUCACUUUCGGCCCAAUGUGCACUUCACAAUGUAGUGGGCCGUCUCAACUACUGGUGUGUCAUGUUCUGGCCCUGCUUACUAGGCGUCGCGAUUGGACCACCGCUUCCCAAGCAACUACUCCGCCUGCAAGCAAUCACCUUCUUCAACAUGAGCCUGGAAGCUGCGAUGCGCAAAAGUCCUUUACCAGCCAUCCAGUAUGCUCGUCGCUCCAAGCUGCUCGGCACACUCACCUUCAUGGUGUUCAGCUCCAUCAUACUAACCUGUCUGCGUAGUGGCGUGGUGAAACAGUUCUGGCUGGUAAAUCCACUUCCGGACGCGCCCCGUACCAAACCGAACGGAAGUGUCUGCAGUCAUGCUGGUCGAUGCUGGCAGUAUCUAGCGGAUGGGAUGCUUAAGUACGGCAUGGUCGGUGUCAUCCUUGAGGCAGGUCGUGCCGUACUACGCAAAUGGAACCUGCUCGCAAAGAAUCCGCUAGCGCUAUUUGGGUCCGAGUUCCGGGCGGCCUGGAAUCUUAAGCUGGGGCUGUUUCUUGCGUGCUAUGUCGGUAUCUUUCGGGCAGGAUGUUGCCUAUUGGGACGGUUCUAUUCGCGCGAAGAGGUGAUCCAUGCGGCGCUUGCUGGAUUUCUAGCCGGUGUACCGUACUAUCUGUAUCCUACCUACCAGAUCUAUACCCUUGGGCUAACGAAAGCGAUCGAGAUGGGUUGGGAGUAUUGUGGGCACAAGGCGUUGGAUGUUAGCAAACCACGUGCGAGCGUUACCACCAGGCUGCUGCAACAGUUGCACCGUUUGCCGAUGUUACGCCUGGUGCAGAUGUUUUCGUUCGGUUAUCUGGGGCACGUGUACGCGUUCUAUCCGCACGUAUCGCCCGUAUUCCACCAGAAAGCGAUGGAUGUAUGCUCCACCAACUUAACGCUCGAUAUGAAACGUCGCAUUGCCACGUGGUUGUCAGAGGUUAUGUGACAGCAGGGUUUUUGUUUUUGUAGAUCGUUUCGU